AUUUGUUUUUUUUUUUCUUUUAGUUUGUUCUUGUUUCCAAGCAGUUGUUCCCCUCUCUCCAUCUUGUUCUACUCUUCCUUUUUGUUUUCUUUGCAAUGCUCCAAGAUAACGCUAAAACCUGGAGCAUUGAACAACUCUUUACUUGUUUGGAUCAUAACAAAGAUGGUCUUAUUGAAGCCAUCGAUUUGAUAGCUGUUUGUAAGAAGUCCAAUACUCCGUUGAAAGAGGCCUUAUUGACCCAGUUGAAACAGCACACACAACUACAGUCCAAAAAUAUUCAAAUUUCGUAUGCCGAAUUUGCCCGUUUGUUUGACCAUCCAUUAGUCUCAGUCGAAGAAAUUGAUACUAUGCGAAUUAUUGCCCAAGCCAUUACUCCUUCGCAACCAUGGUAUCAAUUUAUGUUGACCGAUACAAUGAAACAUCUUAUUGCUGGUGGUAUGGCGGGUGCUGUUUCUCGAACUGUAGUAAAUCCAAUGGAAAGAAUGAAAAUAUUAUUUCAGAUACAAGGUCCUGAUAUGCCUUCUUACCAAGGUAUUUGGCCUACAUUGAAAAAGAUGUGGCAGGAAGAAGGAAUGGUAGGCAUGAUGCGAGGUAACGGUACAAAUGUACUUCGUAUUAUCCCUUAUAGUGCUUCUCAAUUUGCUGCUUAUGAAUAUUUUAAAAAUUUACUAAUGGAUAAAAAUGAAACAGAAUUGGAUACCCCUCGUCGUUUAGUUUCUGGUGCCUUAGCUGGUAUUGUCUCCGUCAUAUGUACCUAUCCUUUAGACAUGGUCAAAACACGGUUAGCGAUCCAAUCCGCAUCUCUUCGUAUGAAUAACAAUCAUAAUACUCAUACUUCUAUUUCCACCAGUACUGUUCAUAGUACUUCUGUUACACAAAAACUACCGGGCAUUUUUCCUACAAUGAUGUCAAUCUAUCGUCAUGAAGGUGGAUUACCAGGGCUAUACAGAGGAUUGGUACCAACUACAUUAGGUGUCAGUCCGUAUGUGGCAAUUAGUUUUUGGAGUUAUGAAAGUCUAAAAUCCUAUAUUGAUAAUGAAACACCUACCAAACGUUUAGUAUGUGGAGCUCUGGCUGGUUCCAUUGCUCAAACUAUUACUUAUCCUUUGGAUGUCCUACGUCGCCGAUUUCAAGUUGUAGGUAUGUCAAACGCAGGCUACAAAUACGAUGGUACCAUUCAUGCUAUUCGUACUAUGAUCCAACGUGAGGGUGUUCGCUCUUUGUAUAAAGGCCUUAUUCCUAAUUAUCUCAAGGUGGCACCUGCUAUCGGUGUGAGUUUUGUCACUUAUGAAGGCUGUAAAGACCUUUUGAAUGCUCUAUGAGAAAAUGAGGGAAAAUAUGGUUACCCCAAAAAUAUAGAUUUCUCUUAUUCUCUCUCUGUACUUUUUAUUAUUAUUAUUAUUAUUAUUUUUUAGACCUUACUUUUUUUCUCCCCUUUUGUUAUUUAUUGGUUUUAUCAAACCCAUUGUAUUCUUAGAUAUUAUUUCCUACAUAUUCC